AUGGAGUCCAUUUUUGUGCUUCUUGUGAUCUUUGUUGUGGCAUCAAAUCCAGGCUCAGCAGCUCCCUCUCCCUUUAGCAACAAUUCAACAUGCCCAGUGACCAUGAAUUAUGUGCUAACAGUACCUUGGAACCCCUCUAGCUGCCUUAACUUAAACCAAACACACACAAUUCUUUGUUGCCAAACUUUGUUAUCCCUCUUUGGCAUAGCACUUGCAGAAAACCUCAAGAAAAACUCUCUUUUCCAACUUCCUAACAUCACUACCUCCGCAUCUUGCCUUCAAGAUUUCCAAUCCAAACUCACUUCCCUUUCACUUCCCAAUAACAUUGUGUCCUCUUGCUUUGAUCCUCUUCAAUUUGUCAUCACUCCCAAUAUCUGUGCUCAUAUUCAAUAUAAGCAAGAUUGGCAAAGUAGGCUUGGUCCUACACCGCUGUUAAACACUGCAUGUAAACCAGACCUUAGUGAUCUUACCAAUUGUGCUGCAUGUGUGGAUGAAGGACUCAAGGUUGUACAGAUGCUGAAUUCUAUUGAUGGAAAUACUUCACAUUCUGAAAAUUGCUUUUAUUUCACAAUACUUUAUAUUGCUGGAAUUGUGAAUGAUCUUGGACCUGAAAGCAAAGGUACCAUGCCUUGUAUUUUUGAAUUGUCAAUUAGUUCUCAAGCGGGUUCGAGAAACGGCCAUCGUGAUCUUGUAUGUGGGUUAACUGCAGCUACACUUGCAUUCCUGGUUAUUAUUGUGUUAGGAUUGUACUUUUGGUACACCUUGUGGUUGAAGAGGAAAAAUGUUGAAAAUUUGCUAGCCUAUGCUGAUCCACAGGAACGAGGGUCUAGCCUAAGAUUGAGACCAAAUACAGGGCUAAUUUGGUUCAAGUUUGAGGACCUUGUGAAGGCCACUGACAAUUUUUCAGCCGAGAACUUCAUUGGCAGAGGUGGGUUUGGAUCAGUUUACAAAGGCAUUCUACCUGAUGGCACAAUGGUUGCAAUUAAAGGGAUUGAGGAAUUUGAUUCUCAAGGAGAUGAGUCCUACAGUGAGGUGGAGAUUGUUAGCAACUUGAAGCACCGUAAUCUGGUACCAUUAAGAGGGUGUUGUGUGGUUAAUGAUAAUCUUGAAAUCAGAAGGUAUCUUGUUCAGGAUUAUAUGCCAAAUGGUAGCCUUGAAGACCAUCUCUUUUCAACCAUAUUGGAUGGUCAAAAUAUAAAGAAAUCACUAAGUUGGCCUCAAAGAAGAAGCAUAAUCUUGGAUGUGGCAAAUGCGUUGCUUUAUUUGCACUUUGGAGUUAAACCCGCAAUUUAUCACAGAGACAUCAAAGCCACCAAUAUACUACUUGAUGCAGAUAUGAGGGCAAAGGUUGCAGAUUUUGGGCUAGCCAAGGAAAGCAGUGAAAGUAGGUCUAAUCUAAACACACGAGUAGCUGGAACUCGUGGAUAUUUGGCUCCAGAAUAUGCACUUUAUGGUCAGCUGACUGAGAAGAGUGAUGUGUAUAGCUUUGGUGUGGUAGUUUUGGAGAUAAUGUGUGGAAGAAAAGCUCUUGAGUUGUCUUCAUCAGGAGCACCUGUUUUCUUGAUCACAGAUUGGGUUUGGUCACUAAUGAAAUCUGGAAACAUAGAAGAGGCUUUGGAUGCUUCUAUGUUAAUAGAUGGAAAUACUGUUAGAAACAUAAUGGAGAGAUUUUUGCUUGUUGGAGUUCUUUGUUCUCAUGUAAUGGUUAGUUCAAGGCCAACAAUUUUGAAUGCUUUGAAGAUGUUAGAAGGGGACAUUGAGGUUCCACCAAUUCCUGAUAGGCCAGUGACUCUUGGUCACUAUGUGUAUUACAAUGGUGAUUGCUCUGGGAUGAGCUCAGAAUGUGGGUUCAAAAGCUUAUGA